UGCCCUAGAGUGACCUCGGCAAAUUUCUGUCUCCAGUUCCGGCUCCGGCUCCACCGCGGACUCGGAUCUGGCGCCGGGCAGGAGGAGGAGUAGGAGAUGGCUUCGGCAGAGGUUACGGUAGGGGACGAAGAUGGCGGCGGCGGCGGUCGAGUGCCAGGGCGCAGGGGCUGCGAGCAUUACGACCGCGGAUGCUUCCUCAAGACUCCCUGCUGUGGUAAACUUUACAUCUGCCGCUUAUGCCAUGAUAAUAAAGAAGAUCAUUCCCUGGACCGUUUUAAAGUAAAAGAAGUACAGUGUACAAAAUGUGGAAAACUUCAGGAUGCUCAAAAGACUUGUGAAGAAUGUGGUGCUGUAUUUGGAGAAUAUUAUUGUGAUAUUUGUCAUCUGUUUGACAAAGACAAGAAACAAUACCAUUGUGAGAAAUGUGGAAUUUGUAGGAUUGGUCCAAAGGAAGAAUUUUUUCACUGUUCGAAAUGUAACCUAUGCCUAUCCUUGAGUCUCCAAGGGCAUCACAAGUGCAUUGAGAAUGUUUCCAGGCAGAAUUGUCCCAUAUGUUUGGAGGACAUUCAUACAUCCCGUGUGGUUGCUCAUGUGUUACCAUGUGGGCAUCUUUUACACAGAACAUGCUAUGAAGAAAUGUUAAAAGAAGGUUACAGGUGUCCAUUAUGUAUGCACUCUGCUCUAGAUAUGACACGUUAUUGGCGACAAUUGGAUAAUGAAGUUGCACAAACUCCAAUGCCAACAGAAUAUCAAAAUAUGACAGUAGAAAUUCUCUGCAAUGAUUGCAGUGCCCGCUCCACAGUCCAGUUUCAUAUAUUAGGAAUGAAGUGUAAAAGCUGCGAGUCCUAUAAUACUGCUCAAGAUGGAGGACGUAGAAUUCCUCUAGACAGCAGUGAUCAGCCUUGCUAGACUGCCUAGGGCUGCCUCAGAAGAUUCAUCAUUGUUUCUUAAAUAGGAGACAUUCCUUAGUAUCUCGUUGGUAUGCUGUCACAGACAUUAGUGAGAUGUUUGUGGUCAUAUCACAACAUAAACUCCCAUUACAGGGACUAGAAUUGUCAUCAAUUUUAUUGUGCAAAAAACUGGAGCUCUUCCAUUGAGUGGAUAUUCCUUCACUGUUAUUUAGGACUCAGAUGACAUUCUGCUUUGAAAUUGAUGUUCAUUAGAAUGUAUAAUUUCAUUCCACUUCUUCUUAAGCAAAGCUAUGCAUCCAGAAUCUAUAAAUAGUUCUUAAUAGAACUGUGUGUAACAUUAAAACUUUUAUCUUAAGGGCUGUAUUGUAAGACUAGGGUUUAUCUUAUUGUCUAAAUAAACUUUAGAAUUUUAUAAAGCAGUCCCUUUCGAAUGUUAUAAAUGUGUAUUUUACUGUAACAUCGAAUAAAAAACACUUGGCAUAGUC